UACGGAUGAUGGAGGAGGUUGACAAUAUAAUUAUUCACUCAUUGCGUCAAAUAGGCUGUGACAUAGAAGAAAAUAUAACAAAUCUCAGUGGUUUUAAUACAGAAUUAGUGGUAGAAGCAACAAUAAAAUGUUUGGAUAUAAUAAAAUCAGGCCUUGGAUUAUCUACAGUUUUACCUAUAAAUAUGGCAGCCCGUUUUCGACUGGGUGCUACACUUGCUCAAGCAUGUUCAGAUUUAGGAUACAAAGGUGAUAUUGGCUAUCAAACAUUUUUAUAUAGUUCAGAAGCUGACCUAAGAAAAGUUUUUAUGUUUCUUAUUGAAAAAUUACCUAAAGAAAGUGAUAAACCCCUAAGUGAACCUGUCAGUAAUAUUGCAUUAUUAGAAAAAUCUAUAGCAUCAGCAAUAUCACAAGGCCUUUCAGCUCCAUGGUUGCCACAUUUUUGUCAUACAAAGGGAUUUAGAAAUAAAGGAAGAGCAAGAGUCUCUUAUAAAUCUAUAAAUUUAGAAGUCCCAAAACUACAGGAGUUAUCAGCAGAAUAUCAAGACUAUUGCAUACACUAUCUACAGUCUGUGCCUGAACAAGUGCAAAAUCAAUCAUCUGUUCUUCCUUCUUUAAUAUCUUAUAAUGCAAGAGCUCUUCAUUUACAUUCAACGAGUAUUCUUGACCAAAUAAAUUGGUUAAAUAAACAACAUUGUGAUAAAAUUACUGAAGUUAACAUAUCUGGUGACAAUGUUCUUAAUAGAGUCUCAAUAAAAGAUACAACAUUAGCUUCCAAUGAAUCUCAGAUAAAAAACAAUGGUACUAGAGAAACUAAGCUUACAGAACAAAAAAUAUUAGAUAAAGUGGAAAAACAAGACUUACAUGUAGAAAGGAUAAAAGUAGAAUGUGAAGAUCUUAGAGAUGAUAUAGAGGAGUUGCAAGAUACAAUCAAGAAGUUAACUACUAGUGUAACACAAGUAACAAUAAAUUAUCAAAAUGAAGAGAAAGAAUUAACAAUUAAUGAAGAACAAAAAAAGAUUAAAGCAAGAAUUUAUGAUCUAUUUCAAGAUGGUGAAGAAAAUAUUAAGAAAUUGGAGGCAGCAAUUGAAGCUACUACAAAUAAAUUAAUUAAUUUAGGUAAUCAAUGGGAAAAGCAUAGAGUACCCCUUAUUCAAAAAUAUAGGCAAGAAAGAGAAAAACAUUCUACAAAAGCUAGCGCAAGCCAAAAGAAACUUGAUGAGAUCAAGUUACUGAAAGAGAAAGAAAGGGAACUCCAAGAAGAAUGUCGUAAUAAAGAUCAACAAUACUCGCAAUUAGUGAGUGAAGUUCAAAAGCUUCCUAAAGAAGUAAAUAGGUCAGCAUAUACGCAACGAAUAUUAGAAAUAAUCAAUAAUAUUAGGAAACAAAGGGACGAAAUCAAUAAAGUAUUAGCUGAUACGCGAGAAAUUCAAAAAGAUAUCAACACCCUUACUGGCAGAUUAGAAAGAUCAUUUACUGUUGUUGACGAAUUAAUAUUUCGGGAUGCAAGAACUAAUGAAGCAUCCAGGAAAGCUUACAAGUUACUAGCCACGCUUCAUUCUGACUGUAGUGAACUUGUAGGAUUAGUUGAAGAAACAGGUGCAACUAUCAGAGAGAUAAGAGACUUAGAAGAGCAGAUUGAUUCGGAAACUACAAAAAAUGUUGGAGCAAAUUUGGAAAGGAUAACUGCUGAUUUAAAACAAAUGAAACAAGAAACAGCAGAGUUAACAGCACAACUACAAAAUAAAACUUCGUGAUUCUUGAAUAACCUGUGAUACUGUAAUAUAAAUUAUAAUAACAACGACCAGGACAUUCCUUUUAAACAAAUACGAUUCUGAAGACCAAAUUUUAUAAUUAUGCAGAAUUUGAUACAUUGCUGCCAAUAAAGCAGUCUUUGUAAGUUUGUUAAGGAUAAUUGAUGGAUGU